AUGGCUGAUGCGCUGUGCGGGCCGUCGAACGCCCUUCAGAACUUCCAGAAGCAUACAUCUGUUGAUCGGACCCUUCAGCAAGACCGGCUGACUUCACGUCAAUCGCCUGUUCAGGGUUUCCGAUCCCAGAACCCCCAAGAAGGAAUACUCGACCCAGAGUUCGCCGCAUUCGAAGGCAACCUCGCCGGCCCUGCAUUGCCUAACUUGCAACACCCUGCCAAUUUUGGAGCACCAUUACAUCAUGCCGCGCUACACCACCAAGCCGCACACAGUGCAGGCAACGCUGGUUGGGCAGCGGACUUCCAGAACUUGCAAAUCUCGGGGCCCUCACAUCCUGUAGCGCAACUGCAAAGACCAAAUAUUGCACCAGCGGCGACACAUGGCGGGUGGCACACUGAAUUCAUGACUCAACAACGAGGGCCUAUGGCCCGGGCCCAGCAAAACCCGCAAAUGCAUGGUGCCUAUCAGCCAUCUUUUGCGCCAGGCUACCAGAUGUAUGGCUCUACGACUCAGAUACAGCCCGAACAGGCUAUGCAGACCCAACAAAAUCACACCCAGCAGUUUGACGAAUCCGCCUUUGAGGCUGCCUUUGAUCAGGCACGGGCGGAUAUGGAGUUGCAAGGAGCUGGGCUUGCCCAGCAAGAUACUCAGAAGAACUUGCACGAGACCAACGAAGUCGACGUUUCCGAGCCAGUCAACCACGAGCAGAUUCGACUCGGAUCGGAUCUUAUUCCCCAAAGCGACAAACAGGACCCGCAAACACGGAGUCGAGACGCAGACGAACUUGCGCGGACAGCAGGGCAACUGCUUGACAGCGUGCGUAACGAACAAAGCCAAAAAUUCCAACAAAGCAAUUUCCUAGCCUUGAUGCGUCGGAUUCGAGAUCGCGAGGUCGAAGUUGAAGGAGAUGAUUUCCGCGAAACGGCGCAAUCUCUUCACCCAGGUGGGCGAUACUACCCGGGCCAACCCCGCCCAGGCCACACUGGUUUCGAUAUCCCGUCUAGCAGUAAUGAACCACACAACCCUAUCGGCAUGCCUACUUUCCCAGAUGGUGUAGGCGGAGAUUCCCGACCGACCGAAGAAGGAACGUCCGAUCAUCUGGGUUCCAAUCCAGUUGGUGAUGGUGACACCGACGCACUUUACGAAGGAUUGCUCCACAACCAGGGGCUUGUGGACCGUCGCAGCGAUCCGAUUUGCUUUUUGGGAAGAGAAUUGGAGGCGCAUUUUCUACACUAG